UAGGGACAUGUCCCAUCGAUCCCUCUCGGCCGCCGCCACUGUCUUCCUCGGGAUCUCAUCCCGAUCCAAUCCACCAACCAGCGCUCCCCCAUGUCCCUCCUCGAUCCCCAUCACUCGCAGCCACCCACAAAUUCAUCCAGUCACCGGGACGCUUGUCGGCGCGAGCUCCUCCCGAGGCCAGCCACCGACCACUGCACCACCAGGACACUUCCCCGUGCCCAGAUACUCCACCGCCGCCUUGCUCUGUCCUCUCCGUCCUCCCGAUGUUGAGCAGCACCAGCAACCCCGGGCAUCCAACUCCUCCCGUGGCGCCCGUCCUUCUGUCCCCGAGCAAGCCGCAGCUCACCAUAGCCAGCAGAUGAGUACAAUGCCGCCCGAUUCCCUUUCCCUCUCUCCCUUCCUGACCUCUCUUCCUCUCUUGGAACAACAGCUGCAGGAGCUCCGCCGUGGCCAUGGAGGCCCAAGUCCCGUCGCCCUCUGCUUCGAGCUGCUCCUGCGCCUCGAUCUCCUCCAAGACCGGCCGGAUCCAUCUUCCUGCGCACGGAUCCGCCCGUCCGCUCCUUCCCGCCGCUCGCCGGAGUCCCACGCAUCCCUGUCAUCGCCGUUGGCUGCAUGCAAGGUCGACCCUGCAUCCUCGACCUCACCGAGAUUCGCCGCCUUCGCCUGCUUCUGCCACGCCCGAUCCGCGUCGCCGGCCCCUCCCGGAGUCACGCCAAGCCCCUCGCCGCGCCGCUCCUCUGUUUCGUUCGAGCAGAGGAGCUCAAACCGCUCACCCGCGUUGAUCGCCCGCUCGCCCGCGCCGUGGACGCGUCGUCCUGCUGCGUGGGCGACCUGCUCCUCCGCGGACCCAGCAGCCGCGCCAAGUUCGUCGCCGUUCCCGAGUCCCCUGCUGCCAUGAACGCCAAGCCAACCUUCUUCGAGCCCUGCUUCCCCUGUAGGCGGCCCUUGUUUGUCUCCAGCCGCGCGCCUGCAUCGAUGGGGUCAACGCUCCCAAGCGCGUUGACUACGCCCUGCCUCGCCCCGAUCUGCCUGCGUGGCCCGCAGCCAGCGCCAGGCCUCCUCUGCUUCCAGUCGGGCCUUGGCCCAGGUUUCGGUUAUGUUGCGGUUGUGAGGAUUCGUUCGACUACGUCCGUUUGUCUUCUUCAUGGACUCGUUCUUCUUCCUAGCGGGAUUUCAGGCAAGAUGACCAUUACCCUCGAUAUCACUUCUAUCUUUGCUUUGCUGGUUGCUCGCUCUAUCGCUUCGCGCUACCUAUCACUUGUUAUAUCAUGCCUCCCAUAUUGCCAUGUCAAGCCUCUAACCCACCUUCCUAGAAAACUAUUGUUUGGCUAUGUUACCGCUUUGCUCAGCCCCUCUUAUAGCGUUGUUAGUUGCAGGUGAAGUUGAAGAUUGCUCCAUGUUGGACCAUGUUUAUGUUGGGAUAUCACAAUAUCUCUUAUUUAAUUAAUGCAUUUAUAUACUUAGUAAAGGGUGGAAGGCUCGGCCUUAUGCCUGGUGUUUUGUUCCACUCUUGCCGCCCUAGUUUCCGUCAUACCGGUGUUAUGUUCCUUGAUAUUGCGUUCCUAACACGGUCGGGGUGUUAUGGGCCCCCCUUGUCUCUUCGCCUAAAGUAAAGCUUUCCCGAGGAGGUCCAACAUUGGUUUUCCAUUUGCCUGCCACCUAUUUUCUUUCCCUUGGGAGUCGCCCUCCCGAGGGUCAUCUUUAUUCAGCCCCCCCGGGCCAGUGCUCUUUUGAGUGUUGGUCCACCUACCUAGCAGUCGGCGGUGCCGCUCUUUGGCUAUCGUCCACUUUGCAUAGACGGAUGAGUCCGUAGAUAGGGAGCGCGCGGCUCUGGACACGGGUUCGACUCACCGGGAGAUCUCCUUGGGAUAGUUUUCCUUUCCUCGAAGAGCUUGUGCACGGGAUUCCGAGGAUACUCGGGGUGUCCCGCGAUGGAGGAUUGUCUCCACGGAUCGUGAGCUUGUCAUGGGCUAAGUUGGGACACCCCUGCAGGGUUUAAACUUUCGAGAGCCGUGCCGC